CGCCGCUGGAAUCCCAGGGGGCAUUCCCGGGGGGCAUUCCCGGGGGGAUUCCCGAUGUUCCCGGGGGAUUCCCGAUGUUCCCGGGGCAUUCCUGCCAUUCCUGGGGCGUUCCCGGGGGAUUCCCGAUGUUCCCGGGGGGAUUCCCGAUGUUCCCAGGGGGAUUCCCGAUGUUCCCAGGGCAUUCCCGCCAUUCCUGGGGCGUUCCCGGGGGAUUCCCAAUGUUCCUGGGGUGUUCCCGAUGUUCCCGGGGGAUUCCCGACAUUCCCGGGGGAUUCCCGAUGUUCCUGGGGCAUUCCCGAUGUUCCCGGGGGAUUCCCGAUGUUCCCGGGGGAUUCCCGAUGUUCCCGGGGGAUUCCCGAUGUUCCUGGGGUGUUCCCGACAUUCCCGGGGCAUUCCCACCAUUCCCAGGGGAUUCCUGGCAUUCCUGGCGAGCUCCCGGGGCAUUCCCGGCCAUCCUGAGGAGCUCAGAGCCAUCCCGGGGCUCUCCCGUCCAUCCCAAGGAAUUCCCAUCCAUCCAAGGACUCUCAUUCCCGCCCAUCCCAGGGAAUUCCUGGAUCAUUCCAUGCGGGUGUUCUCCCAUUCCCGCCCAUCCCAGGGAAUUCCUGGAUCAUUCCAGGCAGGUGUUCUCCCAUUCCUGCCCAUCCCAGGGAAUUCCUGGAUCAUUCCAGGCAGGUGUUCUCCCAUUCCCGCCCAUCCCAGGGAAUUCCCGGAUCAUUCCAGGCAGGUGUUCUCCCAUUCCCACCCAUCCCAGGGAAUUCCUGGAUCAUUCUGUGGGGGUGUUCUCCCAUUCCCGCCCAUCCCAGGGAAUUCCUGGAUCAUUCCAGGCAGGUGUUCUCCCAUUCCUGCCCAUCCCAGGGAAUUCCUGGAUCAUUCCAGGCAGGUGUUCUCCCAUUCCCACCAUUCCCAGGGAAUUCCCGGAUCAUUCCAGGCAGGUGUUCUCCCAUUCCCACCAUUCCCAGGGAAUUCCUGGAUCAUUCCAGGCAGGUGUUCUCCCAUUCCUGCCCAUCCCAGGGAAUUCCCGGAUCAUUCCAGGCAGGUGUUCUCCCAUUCCUGCCCAUCCCAGGGAAUUCCUGGGUCAUUCCAGGCAGGUGUUCUCCCAUUCCUGCCCAUCCCAGGGAAUUCCCGGAUCAUUCCAGGCAGGUGUUCUCCCAUUCCCACCCAUCCCAGGGAAUUCCUGGAUCAUUCUGUGGGGGUGUUCUCCCAUUCCCGCCCAUCCCAGGGAAUUCCUGGAUCAUUCCAGGCAGGUGUUCUCCCAUUCCUGCCCAUCCCAGGGAAUUCCUGGGUCAUUCCAGGCAGGUGUUCUCCCAUUCCCGCCCAUCCCAGGGAAUUCCCGGAUCAUUCCAGGCAGGUGUUCUCCCAUUCCCGCCCAUCCCAGGGAAUUCCCGGAUCAUUCCAGGCAGGUGUUCUCCCAUUCCCGCCCAUCCCAGGGAAUUCCUGGAUCAUUCUGUGGGGGUGUUCUCCCAUUCCCGCCCAUCCCAGGGAAUUCCCGGAUCAUUCCAGGCAGGUGUUCUCCCAUUCCUGCCCAUCCCAGGGAAUUCCUGGAUCAUUCCAGGCAGGUGUUCUCCCAUUCCUGCCCAUCCCAGGGAAUUCCUGGAUCAUUCCAGGCAGGUGUUCUCCCAUUCCUGCCCAUCCCAGGGAAUUCCCGGAUCAUUCCAGGCAGGUGUUCUCCCAUUCCCGCCCAUCCCAGGGAAUUCCCGGAUCAUUCCAGGCAGGUGUUCUCCCAUUCCCGCCCAUCCCAGGGAAUUCCUGGAUCAUUCCAGGCAGGUGUUCUCCCAUUCCCGCCCAUCCCAGGGAAUUCCUGGAUCAUUCUGUGGGGGUGUUCUCCCAUUCCUGCCCAUCCCAGGGAAUUCCCGGAUCAUUCCAGGCAGGUGUUCUCCCAUUCCCGCCCAUCCCAGGGAAUUCCUGGAUCAUUCCAGGCAGGUGUUCUCCCAUUCCUGCCCAUCCCAGGGAAUUCCUGGAUCAUUCCAGGCAGGUGUUCUCCCAUUCCCGCCCAUCCCAGGGAAUUCCUGGUUCAUUCUGUGGGGGUGUUCUCCCAUUCCUGCCCAUCCCAGGGAAUUCCCGGAUCAUUCCAGGCAGGUGUUCUCCCAUUCCCGCCCAUCCCAGGGAAUUCCUGGAUCAUUCCAGGCAGGUGUUCUCCCAUUCCUGCCCAUCCCAGGGAAUUCCUGGAUCAUUCCAGGCAGGUGUUCUCCCAUUCCCGCCCAUCCCAGGGAAUUCCUGGAUCAUUCUGUGAGGGUGUUCUCCCAUUCCCGCCCAUCCCAGGGAAUUCCCGGAUCAUUCCAGGCAGGUGUUCUCCCAUUCCCGGCCGGCUCCGGCUGUAGCCGGG